UCAUUCCCUCGCCCCCAUCUUCCUCGUACGCUCUUUUCCUCUUCUUCUUCUUCUUCCCUCUCUUCAAUGGAGUCUUCUCACGACGAUAUCGCCGACGACCUACAGAGCUUGAGCUUCAACUCCACCAACACUAAUCGCAGCACCAGCUCUGGCUCCGAGACUACUCUCACCGCCUCCUCCUCCGUUCAUAUCCCUUCCAUUCUCAACAAGCCUCACGCGCCUUCCUCCGACCCUUGCUGGUCAGCUGUUAGCCGGAUCCGAUCCGAAUCGUCUACUCGCCAACUCGCCUUCUCCGACCUUAAGUUCUCGCACCGUCUUGGCUCUGGCGACAUUGGCUCCGUCUACCUCGCUGGACUCAAGUCCGCUGGAGAUGACGGAUGUUUCUUCGCAGCGAAGGUGAUGGAUAAGAAGGAAUUGGCGAGUCGAAGUAAAGAAGGUAGAGCGAGGACUGAGAGGGAGAUUUUGGAGUGUUUGGACCAUCCGUUUCUUCCAAAGCUCUAUGCUAGUAUCGACUCGCCGAAAUGGCUCUGUCUCUUGACUGAGUUCUGCCACGGCGGCGACCUCCAUGUUCUCCGGCAACGGCAGCCUAACAAACGCUUCGGUGAACUCGCCGUGAGAUUCUAUGCAUCAGAGAUAGUAGUUGCUAUUGAGUACCUUCACAUGAUGGGGAUUGUUUACCGUGAUUUGAAGCCGGAAAAUGUGCUGGUACGAUCGGAUGGCCAUAUCAUGCUCACUGAUUUUGAUCUCUCCUUGAAGUGUGAGGAUUCAACAGCGACCCCACAGGUUAUCACUGCCAAAAAUGCAACAAAUGGCACCGCCCGGCCAAAGAACUGCCAAAUUGAGGCCCCUCCUUUCACAUCAUCCUCCUGCAUACUUCCAAACUGCAUCGUUCCGGCGAUGUCGUGUUUCAACCCGAAACGCAAGCGCAAGAAGAAGUCUAGCCACAGCAAUGGACCUGAGUUUGUUGCUGAGCCGGUUGACGUCCGGUCCAUGUCGUUUGUUGGCACCCACGAGUAUUUGGCGCCAGAGAUUGUCUCUGGUGAGGGCCAUGGAAGUGCAGUGGAUUGGUGGACUUUAGGGGUGUUUGUGUUUGAGUUGUUUUAUGGAGUGACACCCUUUAGAGGCAUGGACAAUGAGCUCACCUUGGCCAACAUAGUGGCCAGAGCCCUUGAGUUUCCUAAAGAUCCAGUGGUGCCGACGGCGGCGAAGGACCUCAUAUCGCAAUUACUGGUCAAAGAUCCGGCAAGGCGGCUGGGGUCAACAACAGGGUCGUCGGCGAUCAAGCACCACUCAUUUUUCCAAGGGGUAAAUUGGGCAUUACUGAGAUGUACGUCGCCACCAUUCAUUCCUCCACCAUUUAGUAGAGAAACUGCAACGGAUGAAAGCUGCCCAGAGGCCCCAGUGGACUAUUAUUAAUGGCUAAAUUGAGCAAGAUUGGUAUUAUUUUUGGACUGGUUAUUAUCAGCCAGCGACAGUCGCCCAAUCUUCCACGGCUUAUUCUGCGAGCACAUGGGGCCUUUGUAAAUCUUACAAUGUGCAUAUAUUAAUAAAGCAUCCUUAAUUGAAAUAUAGUUCUAAGCCAUGACUCAAGAGAGAGAACCUCAGCCACAUAGCUAGCUGGUUGAGAUUUAGCUGUUAUAAUAGUUGUACUAGAUCUUGCAAUGUCUUCUUUAGUUUCAACUACAAAAGUUAUAGCUCAACUGAGCAAAAUAAUAGCAUUUUAUCAUGCAAUUGUGAGAAUCGUGAUAUAGCUUUGAUC